AUGGCGGCGCGCAAACUUGCACAAGAAGUGGACAAGUGCUUCAAGAAGGUGGCCGAAGGUGUCGCAGAGUUCGAGGGCAUAUACGAGAAGAUCGAGCAAUCCAACAACCCAGCCCAGAAAGAAAAACUCGAGGACCAGCUCAAGCGCGAAAUAAAGAAGCUGCAGAGACUACGAGAUCAGAUCAAGACAUGGGCGGCGAGCAACGACAUCAAGGACAAGGCUCCUUUAUUGGACCACAGGAGGCUGAUAGAGACGCAAAUGGAGAAGUUCAAGGCGGUCGAGAAGGCGAUGAAAACAAAGGCGUACUCGAAGGAGGGUCUGUCGGCAGCCGCGAAGCUGGACCCCAAGGAACAGGCCAAGAUGGAGGCGUGCGAAUUUCUGAGCAAUACGGUUGAUGAACUCGAACAACAGAUCGAGGCACUUGAGGCCGAAGGCGAAGCAAUACAGGCGACAAUGAAGAAAGGGAAAGGCCACAGCGCCAAGGCAGACCGCAUGGCCGAGAUCGAGCGCAUCAUCGAACGGCAUAAGUGGCACCAAGGGAAACUAGAGCUGAUACGACGGUCUCUGGAGAACGGGGGUGUCGAAACCGAACAAGUGACUGAUCUAGAGGAGAGCAUCAAGUACUAUGUGUCAGACGGCAUGAAUGAUGACUUCAUGGAGGACGACGGCAUGUACGAUGACCUGAAUCUAGAAGAGGAGGAGGACGUGUACGGCAUGAACCAGGAGGGCGACAAAGGUUCAUCGCAGGAUACUCAGUCGGUACAAGAUGACAUUGGUGAGCCGGAGACAAGGGCUCCAAGUGUGCCGGCUGCCAAACAACGUGCGACGGUCGAUGCAGCGGCGGCGUCGUCUGGACGGCGCCCCUCAACGCAGCUCAAAUCACCCCUUCCAACCCUUGCAACAGUCCAUAGCAACCCACUGCCGACCAUUGGCAACGGGUCGUCGAGUGCUGUUGCCAUGAAACCAGCGUCUGUCCCGACUAGACCUGCUGGCGAGGGCCUAAAAUACGCCAGCGCGGCCGCAGCCGCUGCGGCAAGCGAUAAGAACAAUGUAGGAAUUGCACCUCUACCGCCGCCGCCAUCAGCAACACCAAGCGCUAUCAUCUCGCCAUUACCAGCCUCACAACCAAAGACGAGCACGGCAAACUCUCCCAGUUCAACAUCGAUACAGCCGGUACAACAGGACAAGCCGACACACGCCGUCCCCGCGCCGACAAGUAUGCCGCCAACGGUUGCCCCGGCGCCGGGGUUACCAGCCAAGCCAGAGGCAACAAGAGCCACGUCCUCGCGGGGCAAAGCGCCAGCUCAGACGGCCGCAUCGGAGCCUAUAGGAUCCUCUUUGAAAGAUAGUCACCAAGGGUGUCGUUAUCGUGCUAACAUUCUAUUAGUGGGGCAAACAAACGGCACGACCAAUGGGAUUAGGCCCAUCGAAGAGGAAGAAGAGGAAGAAGAGUCCAUUUACCACCUUCCCGCAUCCUUGCAAGACCUGGUAGAGUCAUUUGAAAUAACCAAAAAGCGUCCCGCACCCCCGGGCUCGCCAACAACACAGAGGAUGCAGGCUUCAUCAGAGGCGAGCAAGCCUGAGGCGGUUGAUGCAGAAGCACCACGGAGCUACCAGCCCGAAGUAAAAUACCACACGCACACGCAGUUCCCACAGGAGCCGUUGUCGAUAUUCGACGACCCUAGACUGUAUUCGCGUAUUGACCCAGACACACUGUUCUAUGUAUUCUAUUAUAAGCAGGGUACAUACCAGCAAUAUCUGGCCGCCAAGGCGUUGAAAGACCAGAGUUGGAGGUUCCACAAGCAAUACCAGACAUGGUUUCAACGCCACGAAGAGCCGAAAUCUAUCACGGAAGAAUUUGAGCAGGGAACAUAUCGGUUUUUUGACUAUGAGAGCACAUGGAUGAAUCGUCGCAAGGCAGAUUUCAAGUUCGCCUACAAGUUCCUUGAGGACGACGUAUAA